AUGCACAACAACGAACUUGAUCAUGAUGGCUCCGACGUUCACAACACAUCUGGACACAAUCUCGGAGGCCAACAACAAGAAAAAGAGCCACUCACAGUAAUACCCCUAAAUAUUCGUCAAGUAAUCUGCAGCAAAGCCGUUUCACUCACAAAAUUUUCGUUAAAUAUCUCGGACGCUCCAAAACAAAAGAUUAUUGACCAAAUUACUGUUGUCGGACAGGUUAUCAAAUCCACCAAGAAAGCUCCAAAUCGUCUUGAUUUGUUUAUUGAUGAUGGUACUGGCAGGAUUUGUGUACGAUUUUAUUUUGAUUUUAAAAAGUUUGAAGUUGAGCCAAACAUGUUUGUUCGAGUUUUCGGAAGUAUUGGAUGUGAUGAUAAAACAACAGCUAGGUAUAUUUUGGGAGCUAACAUGUCCUAUAUUAGUGAUUUCAACGAAUUUACUACACACAUGCUAGAUAGCAUUGUAGCCCACCUCCAUUAUCAGUAUGGGCCUUUACCAAAAGGAACCAGAGAAGUUCAAAAUCAAAUGCAUGCCGCCCAUCCAUCAGAAGACAUGAUAAGCAUUGUUUAUGGAUACAUUGCCCAGAAUGGAGAGGUAUCUUUUGAUGAUCUGGUGCAAGCUUUUGGAGAGAGUAACGUAAUUCCAGCCCUUGAAAAGUUAUUCGAAGGUGUGCAUGUGGAAUAUGUUCCUGGUGCAAAUGAUAGAUAUAGACCAGUUCAACAACCCUAUGGGCAAUAG